AUGACUUUAGGCAUUGACAAUGAAAAACGUUUACAAAUACUGACUCUUGGCGGCUUAAUUUCAUUUUUCUCUGGAAUUAUUCUUGGCACAAUUAAAGCUGAUGAAUGAACAGAAGCUGCUUGAAUAACAGUCAUGAUACCAUUGAUAGUUUCAAUUGGGAUUGGCCCUAUUGCUAUGCACUGCUAUUUUGAUAUGACAUGCCCUAGAGGCAAAUCAAGACAAUUUGUGCUGAUAAUCAUUUAUAACAUAGCGAUCUCCUUUAUUAUUUUUGUGAUUCUGGGGUCUUUAGUACUAGAUGAUUAUGUCGAUAUUUCUUGGUCUAUAGCGUUAAUUCCAAUUUGAUAUGGGCUAAUUGCUUAUUUUUUAUUUAUUUGCUUUAUGCUCCCUGGUCUACUUAAUCCUGAGGUUAACAUGCAAAGGCAAGCAUUUUUACUUUUUCUAUGAUUCUUUGCGUUUUGCAGUUUUUUAGUUAUGCUCACAUUUUACCUGGACAAAGACAGCCCUGACUCUUUUGCAGUUGUGGUUAUUCCAAUAUUAAUUGCAAGUUCAAUCCAAAUAACAGUAUGGGGAAUAUCAAAAUACAAAACCUGAAACAGUGAGAGCCCAGACAAAUUGAUUACUUCAGAGGUUCUCAUCGUUUUUAUAUUGAUUAUUACAGAAAUUCUUAUUAUUCUCCGAACAGCCGUGAGCUCAUCAAUUCCAGCAAUAGUUAUUGCUACGCCUGGGCUUAUUUUUCUUCUUUAUUGAAUAGGCUUCUCGAUAUACGAAAUCAUCUUUAAAGGGGCAGGCUAUGAAACAUUAUCAAAUGAAACACUUAAUUAA